AGAACUGUUGAGAGCUUUUUGAAGACUCAUUUCUGUCCAGUCUGACUUGAUUGAAACUGCACAUGGACAUCGUUUUAGGCCACGAAGAAUGGCGAGGAUAGCACAAACCAGCAGUGUGGCUCCAUGUGGUAAACGAAGGACAUGUAACGGGACACUUAUGAAAUUCUUCACUUUCAAUUGUGCAUUGCAUGUCACAUUGUCUGCAUAUUAUCGAUUAUUUCAAACAGAGUAUUAUGAAAGUGAACUCAAAUUAACAGUGUUACCGCUCUUUCUAGCAGUUUUUCCCCAA